GGCUUAUCUGCUUUGAGCUUAAGCACUCGCUCGAAAGAGCGAGCUCAACUGUAGCCAUGAAGGAAGAGAAGGACCAUAGGCCUAAGGAGAAGCGAGUGACCCUGUUAACGCCCCAGGGGGCCACUUGCAGCAGCGGUGGGGCUUCAGGAGAAGGCGCCAAAGGGGACGAUAAGCAGGAUCGCAACCGGGAUAAGAGAGAGGCUCUGAGCAAGGUGGUAAUUCGAAGAUUACCUCCCACUUUGACCAAGGAACAGCUUCAGGAACAUCUACAGCCUAUGCCAGAGCAUGAUUAUUUUGAGUUUUUUUCUAAUGAUACUAGUCUGUAUCCUCAUAUGUAUUCCAGAGCAUACAUCAACUUUAAAAACCAAGAGGACAUUAUUUUGUUCAGGGAUCGCUUUGAUGGCUAUGUAUUCCUUGACAAUAAAGGUCAGGAAUAUCCUGCAAUAGUAGAAUUUGCACCUUUUCAAAAAGCUGCAAAAAGGAAGACUAAGAAAAGAGAUACCAAAGUUGGGACUAUUGAUGAUGAUCCAGAAUAUAGAAAAUUUUUGGAGAGUUAUGCCACAGAUGAGAAAAUGACAUCUACUCCAGAGACAUUACUAGAGGAAAUAGAAGCCAAAAAUAGAGAAUUAAUAGCUAAAAGAACAACCCCACUUUUGAGCUUCCUGAAAAACAAGCAGAGAAUGAGAGAAGAAAAGAGGGAAGAAAGGAGGCGGCGAGAAAUAGAAAGAAAAAGACAAAGAGAAGAAGAGAGAAGAAAGUGGAAAGAAGAAGAAAAACGAAAACGGAAAGACAUAGAAAAGCUAAAGAAGAUAGAAAGAGUUCCAGAAAGGGAAAAAAUAAAGGAAGAACCAAAGAUUAAGCUGCUGAAGAAACCAGAAAAAGGAGAUGAAAAAGAAUUGGACAAAAGAGAAAAGCCCAAGAAACUGGACAAAGAGAAUCUGAUUGAUGAAAGAGCUAGUGGGCAAAGCUGUAUGCUGCCCAAGCGUCCUGAUACUGAACUGAAAGAUGAAAAGCCAAAGAGACUUGAAGAAGAGAGUGGCAGAGACUACAGAGAGAGGGACCGGGAUUACGAACGAGACCAGGAUCGCAUGCUCCGAGAAAGAGAGAGGCUGAAGCGGCAAGAAGAGGAACGCCGUAGGCAAAAGGAGCGCUAUGAGAAGGAGAAGGCUUUUAAAAGAAAGGAAGAAGAAAUUAAAAAAGAGAAAGAAGCACUUCGGGAUAAAGGAAAGAAGAAUGAAGGUGCAGAAUCAAUAAGCAGCGCAGAAAAAACUGAAAAGAAAGAGGAAGUGGUUAAGAGAGACCGCAUAAGAAACAAGGAUCGUCCAGCAAUGCAACUUUACCAACCAGGAGCUCGAAGCCGAAAUCGACUCUGUCCCCCUGAUGACAGCACCAAGUCUGGAGAUUCAGCAAUAGAAAGAAAGCAGGAAAGUGGUAUUAGCCAUAGAAAAGAAGGAGGAGAGGAGUGAUAAGUCCAAAUGGUCACAGGUGUCCUGACUGUCUAGGCAGCCAAAGAGCACGCAUUAAGCAAUCCAGAAGUGCCUCCGGGGCAAAGGAAUAAAGAGAAAGAAAGGGGGUCGUUGUGCUGGUGGGAUACACUGCAGAGGAGUAUGUUUUGCGUCAAAGCAGAAAUCAGAUUGCAGGUUCAGAAUUAGAAGUACAAUUUCAUUGUUUUUGCAGUUUCUACAAAUUAAAUUUAAAGUUUCAGAAAAGGAUGGUGGUGAGGAUAUGCAUUGCAAUUUGCAGGUUGGAAGUGUCAGGCGAGGACUUAAUUUUGUAUGACAAGAAAAACAAGAGUUGGUUCUAAAAUCAACAGGUUUUUGUUAUCAGUCCUGGAUUGAAUAUUCUUAGUUUGGGUGGAGCAGAGCUACUUUGAAGUCUUGUUCAGAUCUAAUUCUAUUGCAUUGUUGGUGAUAACUGUUAACUUUGUGUAGUGUAGAAGCAACACUCAUGUAAUUGUAGUACAAGUACAGUGAAGGAUAUAACAAAUUUUGAUGCAAAAAUUUAAAUAGUCAUGUUAUGUCUAUAUCCUAUGUCCAAAAAUUUUAGGAUUAGUUCUACCUUUUUGUUUACUUACAUGAACUUAGCAUCAAUGAUAUUUUUCAACAUCUCAUUUUGCCUUUAGCACUUUUUUCUAUUAGUAGGGAAAAUGUAGUCCUUGGUUGGUUCUUGACAAUCCAGUCUUUGUUUUAUCUUAGGUCUGAUGAUUUGAGUGCAUACCCUCUCCAGGAAGGAAACUUCACCAGUAUCUGUUCCUGUUAAUAGCAGCUCUUAGUCGAAGCUUGUUUUGUAUUGCUGUCAAUAAAUAUCAACAGCACUCAAGU